GUACUGUACAUACUACAAGUAUUGUUAAGCAGUGCUUGGAUUUCAUCUUGAGGGAGACAUUUACAGGCGUGUCCGUCACUCAGAAGCUACAUCAGAUGAAAGAGAAAAGGUGUAUCGAGUCCACCACAGUAAACUCCUCUAUUUGUACUGCAAGAGAAUGCUGCAGAUGGUCUUCUAACAGCUGCAGGCAGUAGUGGUUCGCUGCAGCAUAACCAAAUUUCGAGCUACGCCAAGGAUGAACCGGAUUUGACGCUCAUCAAUGCUGUCCCUACGCUCAUACUCUCGAGAUCUACCUCUCUUGGCAUGGAUGAGUUCCAUGACUGUCUGUCGAAAGGCUCGCUCGGUGUUCAAGCUCCUCACCCACCAACUUUUCAACAAGUGCAGGGAAUACUGUCUGGUCGCCUACAUCGUCACCUUUUACGUCUGUCGGUGGUACUAUGGCCAAGUCGCCGCUCACAAGAUUCAGUAUGCUGCCACCACCGACGGCCAAGGAAGAUGACACCUGUUCACGCUUGACAGCCGUCGCUCAAUUUGCUGGGUUUUUGCUUGAGUGGGGGGUCGUC